AUGAGUGAACUGCUUUGUCCUGUGGCCUGCAUGGAUUCCCGCUGCAGCUUUUCAGCCUUCAGCUUUAACACUAAAGAGCAGAGCCAGGAGGCAGUGGAUCAGCUGGAGAAGGAAAAGGAGGAGUUGGAAAAUACAUUUUCUGAAGAGCAAGCCGCGCUGAGGGAACAGCUACAGGGUCGUGUCCAGACUAUUGGAAUUCUAGCUUCUGAGAAGCCUGAGUUGCAGGCGGCCCUUGCACAUACUCGAGAAGCUGCAGGGAAGAAAUCAGGGGAAGCCGAGAGCUUUCGUGUUGAUUUAUGUUCAUCGCGCGAGAGGGAAUCGGAGCUGGAACGUACUUUGGCCUCCAUCUCUCUGCAGCAGAAACAGGCAGAGAAGCAUAACGAAGAGUUAAUGAAGGAGCUAGAAGACCUGAAACAGGAGCUGUACAAACAAAGCAAAAGCAGUGAGGAAAUGAAGCUGCAGAAUUUAGAGCUGUCACAGAAGAUUCGCUGCCUGGUUUCCGAGGACUCAGCCUUGCAGUUGUAUAUAAAGGAUUUGCAUGAGGAACUGGACAUGGCUGAACGGAGGAUCCAACAGCUCUCAGGGUCAGUUCACCAGCUCCAGGCAGAAAGAGAUCACUAUGUAAAGAAACUGAAGGAGGUGCAGAGAAUGUGGCAGCAGUAGGUGCAGCAGUUCUCUGAGCAGGUCCAUGCAAUGGCAGACGAGGAGGAGGAGCACACGGCCUGAGGAGA